GUAAACAUUAGCAGCAACUGCUUAAAACCACAAAGUUUAACCAUGCAUGGAUGGGCUUGAGUUUAUCAAGGCGCGCUGUGUUGAUUGGACGUAGGGUGUGCAGUUUCUACAUUACUGAACGAGCCUCAAUGUCACGCGGUAGUAUUGUGACAACUGAACCUUGUUUAGUCCUGUGUAUAUCGGUGUUGUUAUCUUGCUAGCCUACCUUAUUUCCUGAAUCCGUUGAUGAUAUAUAUUAUUUUAUUGACAUGUCAAGCCAGUAAGGAUUGGCUACCAAUAUACAAGAAGUAAAUGGGGGACAUUGGUGCGUCUUACGUCCAUUAACGGGUUGACAUUAUCAAGUAAACAACCCUAAAAGUCAACAAACAGAGGAUGUCCAGUCGGAGUGGCAGCGAGAGUACCCCUCUCCUGGAGAACUCAGGGACCGUGAGCAGACCCACCGUGUCCGUGUUCAAGGGCAGAAGACUGGCAUGUGCUGCCAUACUUCUGGCAGAGUCGUUGGAGAGAGUGGCCUUCUAUGGCAUCACGUCCAACUUGGUCCUUUUUCUUAACAGCAGCCCGUUUUACUGGGAGGGAACCAUGUCAAGCCAAGUACCGCUCAUGUUCAUGGGGGUCACGUACCUGAUUUCACCGUUUGGCGGCUGGUUGGCUGAUGCAUAUCUUGGGAAGUUCCUUACCAUCGCUUGCAGUUUAAUCCUGUACUUGAUAGGCAUGCUGUUUUUCCCAUUUAUCGCCAAUGAAAAGUCUAGAAGUUACCUGUGUGGUGAUCAGACGGCGUUUCCAGUACAACCUGCAGAAUGUUUGAAUCCCAACAUUACCCUCCCUGCCAAUGUCACCUGCCCUUCACGCACACCCUAUUGUGGCCCAGUGAUCUACAGCAGCCUGGCACUCAUCGCAUUAGGGGUGGGGACCGUCAAGUCCAACAUCACUCCGUUCGGAGCUGAACAGGUGAAAGACAGGGGGCCCGAGGCCACCCGUCGGUUCUUUAACUGGUUCUACUGGUCCAUCAACCUGGGAGCCAUCCUGUCUCUGGGAGGAGUGGCCUACAUCCAACAGAACAUCGACUUUGAGCUGGGUUACGCCAUCCCGGCCGUGUGCCUGGGAGUCUCCUUCCUGGUCUUCCUGCUGGGCCGGGCCGUCUUCGUCACCAAGCCCGCGGACGGCAGCGCCUUCACAGACAUGUUCAAGAUACUGGGCUACGCCUGCUGCUCCUCUCAGAGACCCAAAGAGCCCAACCUGCUCCUGCCUAAACCAUCACUGCUGGAUGGGGCGAAAGUGACGUAUGGAGGCUGGUUUCCUGAGGAGAAGGUGGAGGAGGUGAAAGCCUUGCUGAAAAUCCUCCCUGUGUUCUUCGCCCUCAUCCCAUACUGGACUGUGUACUUCCAGAUGCAGACCACGUACGUUCUGCAGAGUUUCCAUUUAAAGAUUCCUGACAUAAGCAGCAACAAUACAUCCACCGGCUCCCAACAGAUCACGUUCCGCUUCCCCGCCGCCUGGCUGACCAUGUUCGACGCCGUGCUCAUCCUCAUGCUCAUCCCCCUCAAGGACAAGGUGGUGGACCCCAUCCUGAAGCGCAGGGGCCUGCUGCCCUCCUCCCUCAAGAGGAUCGCCGUGGGGAUGUUCUUUGUCAUGUGGUCGGCAGUGGCAGCCGGAAUCCUGGAGACGAAGCGUCUGGAGAUCAUCAAAACCAAAGGGACGAUCGACCAGGUAUUUGGCAAAGUGACCUACUAUGCUGCCGAUCUGCCCAUUUGGUGGCAGAUCCCCCAGUACGUCCUCAUCGGGAUCAGCGAGAUCUUCGCCAGCAUCGCAGGCCUGGAGUUUGCCUACUCUGCUGCUCCUAGGUCAAUGCAGAGCGCCAUCAUGGGACUGUUCUUCUUCUUCUCUGGGGUCGGAUCCUUCGUGGGCUCUGGGCUGCUGGCCAUCGUAUCCCUCAAGGGGAUUGGCUGGAUGUCCUCCCACAAAGACUUUGCGUGUCCUGCAGGAUGGGACCAUGGAGAGUCCUUGGGCUCCUUCACCCAGAGUGGGCCUCGCUACACAGAGGAAGGUGUAAUUAGACUGGUCUCUCUGAACGCCCGGCCUGUCAGAACUCUCUCACCAGUCCUCUUUCUCCCCACUUCGCUCUGGCCAGAUGCACCAUGGGAGAUGACAGGACUCCUGGGGAAUUACCCCCUUAUCCAAUUAAAAUCAAGCCUGGGACUCCUUCUGUAGGUCUUUAUUCACCGUGACAGUCCCACUUGGAGAACUUAAUAGGUGGGUUCCUCAGACAGCGCAUGGGCCCUGAAGCAAUGGGAUUUUUCUCAUUGGAAGAUACAGGGGCUUUCAAACAGCUCCAGUGGCCAGGCUUGCUUGCUGCUUCCUGCUGGAUUACAGUCGGAAACCGUAAAAAGCCAGCAGCCCGUUGUGUAUAGAAUGUGACCAUUUUAAUAAAGUGGAAAAGAAUCCAAUACCAGGAACUCUUGACAAGGUACCUGUCAAAUGAAGAGCAGUUAUUUGCUGCACUGUCUCUUCACUAAGCAGUAGGACCAAUAAAACAGUAUGUGGAACAUAGCAAGAGGUGGAAAGCAGCUAUAAUGCCAAUACAAUUGUCAGACAGUGUUCUGUUUAAGUUUCAAUAUGGAGGAUUUAGGAUGGCUGUAUGCUUUUUUUUUCCUUCCCAUGUCAAACCGGAGCAGGGGGAAAACAAGUAUUUGUUUAGGAUUCCCCCGCAGUGCGUCUUGAUGAACAGGGACAGCCAGUUGCAUCAGCAGCGUUGGGUUUCAUACGUACGGGUUGUUCCUCUGUUUUAGAAUAGGAAAACCUUCACAAAUACAGUCGCUACUGGCAAGGGGGGAAAAAACAAGCUUUUCACUAUUAAAAUACUUGAAAAACGCCAACUCUGCAGUUUCCAUGAUGUGUCCCAGCUAGGGA